AUGGCGUCUCACAACGGUCUAAUCUGCUGGAUGUGCCUUGGCGAGGCGACGCACGCCUGCCCGCGCUGCGACCCCGCAUGCGGGACCGCCGUCUGCCUGACGUGCUUUGAGAAGGCGGCCCGCCAGGCCGACACGAAGCGCAAGCUUGGCCGCCUACGGCACGACGCGCUCGACUGGACCGGCGCGUCGCGAGGAGAGCGGCCGCUGCGGCCGGUCGACAUGGCGACGACGCCAGCUUCGCCGUGCCAGCGCUGCACGCGCGAGUGCCUGCAGCCGCAGCUGGUGCUGCUUCCGGCACCCGCGCCGACGCUCGCUGCAGGCCCCGGCGGCCAGCAGGCACCGCCAGUGCCGGUGCCGGCUGUGGAGGCGGCGGCGGCGACGGCCGCGCCAGCGACACCGGCCGAGGUGCUGCCUGCGGAGGCUGCCUCGCCGCCGGCAGGCGGUGCGGCGGCGCCCUCUGCGGGCAGUGCGUCAUGGCUCACGUUCAUCGGGACGACCAGCGCGUGGGUUGGCGAGGCCGUGCUCGAGGCAGCGGCGGAGGGCACCCGCCGAGCAAAGCGGCGGCGAUGCGAGGGGGGGCAGAGGGAGGGAGGGGGGGAGGAGGAGGAGGAGGCGCCGCGGGGUGUCGGCUCGAGCGGGCGGGCGCGCCUCGGCGGCCCCUCCGCCGACGAGGCGGGCGGCGGUGGCGCGCCGCCGGCCGCGCCGGUCGCGCAGGCCGCCGCGCGCACCAUCACCGCCGCGGGCGCCGAGGCUGUCCGGCAGGCGGACCGCGAGGGGCUUACGCUGGCCACGGGCAGCAGCAACAGCGGCUACAAAGGCGUCUGCUACCGCCCGAAGCAGAGCGGCAGCAAGAAGUACAAGCUGACGGUGACGAGUGGUGGCAAACAAGUCCACCUCGGCAUGUUCGCCACCGCCGAGCAGGCAGCGCUUUUCUACGCCCGCAAGGAGGCGGGCAGGGACACCUGCGAUCUCACCGCGCCGCCGCCGCCUCGCGCACCUACCUCUCCCGCUGGCGCCGAGGCGGUCCGGCAGGCGGAGAGGGAGGGCCUGACUCUGGCCACGAGCAGCAGCAACAACAGCGGCUACAAAGGCGUCGUCUACGAGCCGACGCGGAGUGGCAGCAAGAAGUACAAGCUGCGGGUGACGGGUGGAGGAGGCAAGAGUGUCCACCUCGGCCUCUUCGCCACCGCCGAGCAGGCAGCGCUUUUCUACGCCCGCAAGGAGGCGGGCAGGGACACCUGCGAUCCCACCGCGACGGUCUGGGACGGCUCAGACGUGCUACUGAUGGGCCUGGGCCAGGAGGGCGACAGAGAAGGCGAGGUGGUAAGUGCGGUCUGGGACGGCUCAGACGUGCUACUGAUGGGCCUGGGCCAGGAGGGCGACAGAGAAGGCGAGGUGGUAAGUGCGGUCUGGGACGGCUCAGACGUGCUACUGAUGGGCCUGGGCCAGGAGGGCGACAGAGAAGGCGAGGUGGUAAGUGCGGUCUGGGACGGCUCAGACGUGCUACUGAUGGGCCUGGGCCAGGAGGGCGACAGAGAAGGCGAGGUGGUGCGCUGGGAGGCUGGAGCGUCCGCGUGUGACCUUGUCGCGAUGCAAGUGGCACGAAGCGUUGUUUGCGGCUAUUGCUCAAACCUUCGGGAGACAAGGCCUACAUAUUAUGACUGCAUCCAUGCACUUGGCGCAUGA